CCGGAUACCUAGGUUCAUGGUUGAACUGUGUAUGUGAAUAGCCGUAGUAGACCUAUUGUGUUUGUAAGGCAUACCCGGGAGCCGUCAGUCCCGUACAUUGGCCUAUUUACAGCAUCCAGCAACAUGACGAGUGAUUUCAGCUUUAAGAACCCGGUGUUCGCGCAGUUCGCUUUUUACGCUGGUAUCGUGAUACUCAAGACUCUGGCAAUGAGUCUGGCUACCGCCUAUCACAGGAUAACGAAAAAGGUUUUCAUCAAUCCCGAGGAUAACCCUGGUGGAAAGGUUACCCCUAAUGACCCAGACGUUGAGAGGAUCAGACGGUGUCAUCUAAAUGACCUUGAGAACGUUGUGCCUUUUGUGCUGAUUGGCGGAUUGUACGUCCUGACAGGACCUAGUGCGCAUGCCGCUGCUCUACACUUCCGCAUUUUCGCCGCCGCCCGGAUAUUCCACACGAUAUCCUAUCUCUUCGCUCUGCCUCAGCCGUGCCGAGCUUUGUCGUUUGUUGUGGGAUAUAUGGCUACAGCCUCCAUGGCUGUAAACGUCAUAAGAUCAGGCGUGAUGUAAUUUGUGACGUAUACGAUUGCUAAUAGUAAGGUCGUACUGUUGUACAUUUCUCUAUUUUUUGUUUGUGUGACUGUAUACGUAUAAUGACGAGAGUAGUAAGAGUAGCAGUCACGUGGUAGAGUAAAGUCAGUUCAUAGAAGAAUGUGAUUUUCACAAUGAACAUCUGAAGAGCCAGCAGCACCCGAUUAUUUUAUAAUCUCCAUUAUAAGACGAGAGCUGUGUGCAAAGUAGUCUGGUACAAUCCCAUAUUGUGUAGCAUUUCAUGCUGUCCGGCUAGCUGAAGAGGACCCGUGAAAAAGUUCAAAAUACGACAAGAACAACAACAACAUAGAUAUGUUUUACGAUGAUGGCGUCCGUGAGUUUUAAUUAGCUCACUGGCACAUAUAUGAAGUCUGUUCAGAUUUCUUUCUGAUCCACAAAGUAAAAUCAAUCCGAAAACCCGAAUCCCGUUCUACAA